AUGGAUGAUUCAGAUGAGGAAUACAUGGGCUCUAAAUCGCCAUCCUCCAAGCUUUCCUCGACUGCUCCUGAAACAAGUUCUUCGCCUGGGGCAAAGAGCGGUGUUUCAGCAAGAACUCGAUCUUCGCGUCGUGGUGAAGUAAGUGACUUGAAAGGGGCCAAUGGGUAUGCUUGGGAAGAUGAAUACCAACGAUCCUGGGAUAUUGUGAAAGAUGACGAACAGGGAGGCAAUUCAUUUGAAGCAAUGGUACAAUCGAUUAUUGAAAAUAGAAAGAAGAAGAUAAUGAAAAACCCCAGUACUCCAUUUCAGAGAGGAAUUAUUCGGACAUUAAUUAUUAUUAUAGACGGAUCACUGGCCAUGAGUGAAAAGGAUUUACGACCUUCAAGGCUAUCCAUGACAUUGAAUUAUUUGCAAGAGUUUGUUGUUGAGUUUUUUGACCAGAACCCUAUAUCGCGAUUGGGGAUAAUAUUGAUGAGAAAUGGGGUGGCCAAUUUGGUCAGUGAGGUCAGUGGUCUGCCACAAUAUCAUGUUGAUAAAAUAAGAAACUUGAAAGCCAGACAACAUAAUAGGUUUGAACCAAAGGGCGACCCUUCUCUACAGAAUUCUUUGGAAAUGGCCAGAUCUUUAUUGAAGUUUAAUUUUGGUUCUACAUCCAAUAAUUCAAAAAAUUCAAAAGAGAUAUUGGUGAUAUUUGGAGCAUUAUUUACAAGUGAUCCUGGCGAUAUUCACAAAACGAUAGACAGUUUAGUUAAGGAUGAAAUAAAGACGAGCGUUAUAGGGUUAUCUGCGCAAGUGGCUAUUUGCCAAGAGUUAGUAAACCGGACUAAUAAAGAGCCACGUAAUUCUCAAUCAAAACACUAUGGUGUUAUAAUGAAUGAAUCUCAUUUCAAAGAAUUAUUGAUGGAAUCCGUGACUCCGUUGCCAUUGACCGAGAGUGAAAAACAAAUCCAAGAAUCAGAGCAAAACGGUGUUCCAGUAUUACGAAUGGGGUUUCCAACCAAAGUGCAACCAACCUUGACAUCUGCUAUUGGUGGUUCUGACUACAUAAUUGAGUUCCCACAUCUAAAUGCUUCCUUCCCUACUCAGGGUUCUGAAGAUUCCAAGGACGUUGUGGAAAUUCAAACAAAUAAGCCAGCAGCAGCAUCUUCCCUAAUUGGGUAUCAAUGCCCUCAAUGCAAAUGCAAAGUUUGCAAUUUGCCUACGAUAUGCCCCGUGUGUGGACUAAUGCUAAUAUUAUCGACUCAUUUGGCAAGAUCAUACCAUCAUUUAGUCCCUCUUGCUCCCUAUAAAGAGGUGAAAGUGAGUCCAAUCUACGACAGCACGUACUGCUUUGGGUGCCAAUUGAAAUUCCCUGAAGGUGUUAAGCUAGGAACACUCAAGAAAAGUUUAGAGUCCAUGACCAGUUCACGCUAUCGGUGUUUGAAAUGUUCACAGGACUUUUGUAUAAACUGUGAUGUAUUUGUCCAUGAAGUUCUUCACAACUGUCCAGGUUGUGAAAAUAAUUAG